AUGAGCUGCUGCACAUGCGAGUGCGGGGAGGGCCGGGAGGCCGACAGCUUCGUGAUGCGGGAGACGCCACCACGUCAGCCCCUGCAGUUUGCGGUUGCCGGAAGGUCAAUCCAGCAUCCUCAGAAGGCUGCUUUGAAGAGCACUAACGCCGACGCCUUCGCAACGGACCAAAAUGUCAUUGGCAUAGCGGAUGGAGUCAGCACCGUGGAAGACGAAGGUCUGGACCCUUCCGAGUUGCCUGCAGAGUUGUUGGAUUUGUGUUUGAAGGAGAGCCGUGCGCGUUCUCUGAACUCAGUUGUCUUUGAUGCAGAGGCCGAGGAGAGUUUGCAUGCGUGCGAUGUAGACGUCGACACCCCAAAGGUGCCGCUGUACAUCCUGACCAAGGCGACUGUACAGUGCAAGAGUUUCGGCUCCACCACCUGCGUGCUGGCGUUGCUAGACGACUGCAGGCUGUGGUCGGUCAGCAUUGGGGACUCACAACUGCUGGUGCUGCGACGCACUGACACUCCUCCCAAGGCGUACCCUGCAGCUCAUGAAUUUUCAUACACGACCUGCCACGACAGUCGGGGCCGGGUCCCGAACCCGGAGGAUUACGGGGGCUACCAGGUGGUCUACAGAACGGUGUCUCAGCAGCACUUCUUUAACUGCCCCUUUCAGUUCGCUCGCAUGCCGGACACCGACUGUUCGGGGGAGGCAAUCCUCAGGAAGACGGCACAGACAGCCGACGUUGGGUCGGUCUCAGUGCUCCCUGGAGACAUUGUCGUACUCGGAACAGACGGCCUUUUCGAUAAUCUCUUUGACGAUGAUGUCCUGGAACUCGUCAACAAACUAUGCUGGGCAGACACCCGAAACGGAACGCCCCCAAAAUGCAGCCCCGCAGUUCUCGUUGACGCUCUGCUAGAGAGAGCAGUGAACGCGGGGCAGCCACCCCCAGGUGUCUCCUGGCCUGUUGUGACGCCUUUCUCGAAGGCUGCCUUCGACGAAGUGGGGCGUCGGCUUGUGGGCGGUAAACCUGAUGACAUAACUGCAGUUGUUGCUUAUAUAGUCCCAUCAAGCGAUGCACCAAACACAGAGACCGAGAAGUCCUUGAGGAAGAGCAGCAGCGCACCUUCAAAGACAGGAAUGGGACAACUCAGGGGUCAGAACAUACAAGCAGUAAUGGGCCGCACCUUCAGCAGCAGCAGCAGCAGUAGUAGUAGUAGCAGCUCGGAUGACAGCGAACAUGGCGGGAGACAGCUCAGGAAUGGAGGAAUGCAACAUAACCCUCUCCAGAGGGGUAUGACGUCUGCAUGCAGCCGCUCCAGCUUCCCGCCCAGGAAUGUGGGAGUUGUACCCCCCGCUAUUAAGGCAUCCAUACACUCUGUUCCACAGAGCCUGAAGCCGGGGGAAUACACGGUCUUUGAGCGGUUGAGAGAAAGGGCCAACCAGAGAUUGCAGAGGGCCUCUUCCGUGCGGUCUGUCCAACAGAACAGAGAAGGCAUGGGCCGCAGUUGGAAUGCAUUGCCUUCUGCAUUUUUUUCGGCGUUUCGCAGUUUGUUCUCCGCCAAAUAA